UGCGCUGGAGCUCGCGGAGAGCCCGGGAGGCAGAGAGAACCGCACCCUCCCCUUUAAUCUGUCCCAGCCCCGGGAGGCGGAGGCUGGGGCGGGCGCUGGCCCGGGCUCCGCGGCACCGCCUUCCUCCUGCGCCCCCGCCUUCCUCUCCCCUUGGCCCCGCUUCUGGAGCGCCGAGCUCCGCCCGCUGAGCUCCGUGGCCCGGCCCGGAGCCUCCCCACGCUCGUCCCGGCGCGAUGCUGCUGCGCGCCGGCCGCUGGCUGCUGCCGCGCCCGCCCCGGGCGCCCCCAGCGUCCGCCGCUGCCCAGAUUCUGUGGGUGAGGCCAACUGGAAAUAGGAAGUACCAUCCAUCACGCCAUUAUGGUGUGCUGGUGCCAUCUGAUGAGGUGGUCAUUAAUUACAGAUGUGGUCUUCCUUUGAUAACCCUAACUUUGCCAUCAAGGCAGGAGCGCUGUCGUUUUACAAUCAAACCCAUGUUAACCACAGUUGGUUCAUUCCUUCAGGACAUUCAGAAUGAGGAUAGAGGUAUUCGAACUGCAGCUGUCUUCACCACAGAUGGGAACAGUAUUCCAGCUUCAACCCCGAUGGAGAUUUUGCUGAUGAAUAACUUUAAAUUGAUGAUAAAUGAUAUGACAUAUGAUGUUCAGUGUCCUAAGAAAGAAAGACUGAGUAGCGAGCACGCGACCAACAUGGAUGACAUCAGGGCCUUGGUGCAGAGACUCUUUACCGCCCUGCACGUGGAGGAGCAUCAGGUCAAGAAAGAGCGCAGUUUACUACAGAAGAUUGAGGAGCUGAAGGAACAGCUGCGGCCCAUGGAGGAGCUGAAAGCCAAAAUUGAAGCUGGCUCAGAGGCCAAAACCAACAGACUCUUGUGGACUGGGCUGGCUUUGAUGUCCACUCAAGGUGGAAUCCUGGCAUGGCUCACAUGGUGGGUGUACUCCUGGGACAUCAUGGAACCUGUGACCUACUUCAUCACUUUUGGCAGCUCCAUGACAUUCUUUGCUUAUUUCCUCCUUACUCGACAGGAUUAUUCUUACUCACUCAUUAAGGAUAGACAAUUCCUCUACUACUUCCACAAAAGACUGAAGAAGAAGGAUUUUGAUGUGGAACAAUAUAACAAGUUAAAAGAGGAUCUUGAAGAGGCUGAAGAGUCUCUGCAGCGUCUGCGCCAGCCUCUUGACUUGCGGCUACCAGUCCAGGAAAUCAAAGAGAAGAAUUAACAGCUGCUUUUAUUAUUUUAUGAAUGUUUACUAGUUUGUCUUAGGAACUGGAUGUUUCAUGACCAUUACUAUAGAUUUAAAUGUUUCAACGAGGAAAAAAUAAACAUUUUUAGUUAAUGAAGUUUUUCUUGGAAGAUAGAAAUAUUCUGAAUUCUAAAUCUUAUGAGGUUUUGAUUUUUCAGUUCUAAUUAGCUGAUGAGGGGUCUGUUGUUACACUGGGCAGCUAGGUAGCACAGUGGAUAGAAUGCCAGGUCUGGAGAAAGGAAGGCUCAUCUUCCUGAGUUCAAAUCCGGCCUCUGACACUUAUUACCAGUGUGACCCUGGGAAAGUCACUUAACCC